AUGGCCGAUCCUAUCGGUUUGGCCUCCUCCAUAAUAGCCCUUGUUGCGGAGGUUAUCGUCCAGUCCAAGGAGGCUCAAAGGAGCCUCUUCACUGUCAAUGACAACAGCGAAGAAUUGCGGAAGUUUGAAUAUGAGUUCCGAGUCAGUAAUGAUAAGUUCCGGCUCUGGACGAAGAAAUGGUCUGGCGAAGACCAGAGGCCCAGAAGCUCUGAAGAGCUCUGGGGUGUGCAAGGCUGGGAAAAUGUUCGCAGUAUGUUAUCCGAUAUCGAAAAGUUCAGUGUGCAGAUCGAGAAGAUACUCAAAAAGCACUUGCCUGACUCGGACUCACAUGCUAAAUCGCGAUGGAUCUCUGCAAUAUUCAAAGUCAAGAAACGUGAUAGUAACGAUAUCGCGAAGUUGCAACUGCUAUCAUCGGCUCUCAAGCUCCGUGUAGAUGCAAUUUGGAUCUACGCAGAGACAAUCUUCGAUUCCAAACACGGUGUCCUUGGGCAAGACAAACCGAUGCCAUCCCGAGACACGCUCAUCACCCACGCCAUACAGUCAAGAACUGGAUCAAUCAAGCUAUACGAUCUUUGUCAAAAGUCUCCUACCAACUUCAGCCUCGCCAUGGACCUUCUAGCAGCCGAGGGACAAAAGAAAAUGACAGCACCGCUUCACGAACGAGACGGCCCUUUACUACAUUUACAGUACCAGUUAUUUGCGACUGAACAUAGUGGCGCUUCCAGAAAUGUUCUCAAAAUGAUGGUUGAGAGUAUCCAGAGAGACACAAACGAGCCGGUGGGACGUGGGGUGGACAUUUCCAAUCUUCAGCUGUUUAAACUCGACACCUCUAAGAGUAUUACGAUCCCGGUUGCCGCACAAGGUUCUGCACCCCCCUCUAUACUACAGAUAGAUGAUACAACGCCCGAAGAAGUGUUACUCAAGUCGCAACCAGAAAGUCUCACGAAGAUUCUUCAGAGAUUAAAUGACAUUGGCAACAUCUCGAAUGACGAGCAUCUUUCCAUCGGAGCCAAAGUAGAGCUCGCCUACAAAGUCGUUGAGUCUGGAUUUUUUUUGUUGGGUACACCAUGGUUCUCAUCAUUGUCAAGUCGGAAUAUACUACGACUAAAAGCAGCAGAUCGAACGCAGCGACAUGGUUUUGUACUCGAAAUUCAGACCAUCGACAUGAAUGCCCUGCUCUUUGAUGACUCCGAAGCACUCGCAGAGACAUCGCAGCUAUUUCACAUUGGAGUUCUACUCAUGGAGAUUGCUCUUGAGAAUCCCGAAUCAGCCAGUCGCAAGCAGGAUUACAGCCGAGACGAAAACGUUAUGACUCGCCUUCCGCUUGUAGAGCAGAAUAUGGGCGCACAAUACUGCAAAGCGACCGCCUUUUGUUUACAACAUCGGCGAUCCCGGUUUCAGGGCCCAGAAAAGUACAGUGGUCCUAAGUAUGUGGACUGGGAGAAAUAUUUAGCGCAAUUCUUAGAGGAUUUCUACUCGCAUGUCUAUCUGAGGCUCGAAGAGUUGCGCGAUGUGGACACCAAGGCUGAAUUUCGAUCGCGCAAGUCGUGGAUGACUGGGUGA